AGCUGGCGCGGGGUGCGCUGGCGCUCUUUUAAGCGGCCCCCUCGCGUCGCGGCCUCCAGUCUCAGCACCGUCCGACGUCCGCGCACACGUACCCGCGCAGGCGCACUCGCGAGUGUCCAGUGACAAGCUGCCUUUCUCUCACGCAGUGCUAUCGUGUUCGACGUGAAUGCUAAACCGGACUUUGAAAACACAAAAAUCACUCGGAAUUUUUGAUAAGGUCGAGAACCAAGGACAAACUUAGUGUCGUAGACGUCGUAGUGGUCUAUGCCGCCCGCCAGCAGCCGGGAGAGGCGCUUCGAUCCUGUCCAUCACACGCCACCAAGCGACCACGUAGGCUGCAAGCGAUAACCCGGUAUGACGGCCACACACGGAGGGGGACGUGAAGAUGACCGCCCCGACAAGGACUCGGUGUACACGCUCAAGACCGGCUUCAAGAACGACGGCUACCAGCACGACAAAGACAACGACGACAUCGUCAAACCCCCGCCACUACCCAUAGAAGACGAAAACUACCCGUCAGGAAAAGUUAAACUAUCAAGAAACGAGAAAUGGAGAAUACUGAAGAACGUGGCGGCGGUGAGCGCCGCCUUCAUGGUGCAAUUCACCGCUUUCCAAGGGACGGCCAAUCUACAGUCGUCCAUCAACGCAAAGGACGGGCUGGGCACGGUAUCACUAAGUUCCAUUUACGCGGCGCUCGUCGUGUCCUGUAUAUUUGUUCCCACCUUCCUAAUCAAGAGGCUAACUGUGAAAUGGACCCUGUGUUUGUCCAUGAUGUGCUACGCGCCGUACAUCGCGGCGCAGUUCUACCCGGCCUUCUACACGCUAGUGCCGGCCGGGGUGGUGGUGGGCAUGGGCGCGGCGCCCAUGUGGACGUCCAAGGCCACCUACCUCACGCAGGCCGGCAGCGUCUACGCGAAGCUGACGGAUCAAGCUGUCGAUGGCAUCAUCGUGCGAUUCUUCGGCUUCUUCUUUCUCGCUUGGCAAACCGCUGAGCUUUGGGGAAAUUUGAUCUCAAGUUUGGUGUUCUCAUCGGGCGUCCACAGCUCGAACGGCACCACGGAGAACAACACCAAGACCCUGCUGACUUGCGGGGCCAACUUCUGCAUGGUCGGCGGCGGGCAGCACGAGAACCAGAACCUGCACCGACCACCCGACAGCGAGAUCUACGAGAUCAGCGCCAUCUACCUGGCGUGCGUCGUGGUCGCCGUGCUCAUGGUCGCGCUGCUGGUCGACCCGCUCUCCAGAUACGGUGAGAAGCAGAGGAAGGCCGACCCGGCCAAGGAGCUGUCAGGCAUCCAGCUGCUGUCGGCCACGGCCUACCAGCUCAAGAAGCCCAACCAGCAGCUGCUCAUUCCCAUCACGCUGUGGAUCGGCAUGGAGCAGGCGUUCAUCGGAGCAGACUACACUCAGGCCUACGUAUCGUGCGCCCUCGGCAUCCGCUCCAUCGGCUACGUGAUGAUCUGCUUCGGCGUGGUGAACGCCAUCUGCUCGCUCGUGUUCGGCUCGGCCAUGAAGUACAUCGGCAGGUUCCCGAUCCUCGUGAUGGGCGCCGCACUGCACCUGGGGCUGAUCGUGUGGCUGCUCAUCUGGCGGCCGAACCCCGAGACCCCCUCCACGUUCUUCGUGAUCUCCGGCCUGUGGGGCGUGGGCGACGCCGUGUGGCAGACGCAGGUUAACGGACUGUACGGCGUGCUGUUCAGGCGCAACAAGGAGGCGGCCUUCUCCAACUUCAGGCUGUGGGAGAGCGCCGGGUUCGUGGUGGCGUAUGCCUACUCCACGCACCUCUGCGCGCGCAUGAAGCUCUACGUCAUGAUGGUCGUGCUGCUCAUCGGCUUCUGCGGGUACAUCGUCGUCGAGAUCCUGCACAAGAGAAAGGCUCGUCGCCUGAAGGCAAUCGCCGAGGACCCGGCCGUGGCCGCCGAGGCCGCCAAGCAGCCUCCCGAAGAGGACGACGAGAAGGACGAAAUCGACGACGAGAUCGUCAUCACGCACCUGUGAGCGCCCCGAGAAACCCAUCAAGCCCUGGGGAACAUAUCUGUCCACACAUCGAAUGCAGGGGGCGGCUAAAUUUUUAAACAUCGCGCCGAGGGGCGCGAAUACUCGACCUUCCGGUUUAAAAGAAAAUUUAAAAGCCAUCUUUAAGCUUCUUGCCGCCUCCGAGGAUCAAAAACGGGCGACUUGGUUUUUAAAUCACCUCCGGUAGAAAAUAAACGUGUGACGACAUAUGCCCAAGGUUACUUUUAUGGACAAAUUUACUUCUCAAGGCAAAAAUGGACAGUUUCAAGGUGCUAAUCGACACGGACCAAAAGGACUCCACACAAAUUUUUACAAAUAUUAGGUUUAACCGUAGGGUGGUACAAUUGACUAUCUGAGACAUGGAUACUCAACAUGCAUCCUCAUUCCGUUUUAUUGCCUUCAUUUGACGAAUAGUUUUGGAGACUUUCAUCUUAUAUACUAUACAGUGAAAUCAUUAGGCACUAAAAAUUAGUUUAAUGGAAUGGCCCUAAUAAUUAAACUGCGAGUGCCAUGCCCGGCAAGUAAUAGAAUUUAUAGUAAGAAGGAAUAUGAUUUUUCUAUAUUUUAUACAAAACUAGGAAUUUUAUAUACACAGUCCGAUUAUUUGGUCCGUCAGUUAAGGACGAGCUGUAUUUAAACUCGAAUUUAUUUAGAAUUAUUUAUAUUUCCAAUAGAUGAAUGUUGAUGAGUAUUAAAAAGUACAAAUUUUCUUCAUUCCGGAUUCGACGGAAUCGGAAACAUCACAAGUGCCAGCGCAAGCAUUUACAAUACCACCACAGGGGUCAUGUCUACUUAUUGUUGAGUUGUACACGACUAUCACUCCAGUGAGCCUCCGGCUCCUGGAAUAUGUUGUCAAAAAUUACUCUCAAAAUAAUUAUAGAACGGCUCGAACCAUUUGUUUAUUAGAAAAAUAUAAAAAUUCUGUUAUCGACUAUGUAAUGCAGAUUAUAAAUAUUUGAGAGCAGCUGUUCAGUGGUCCGGCACAAUGGGUUGCUGAUUGCGAGCGAGCACAGCCAACUGUGUUGACAGUUCGUGCGUAAUUGCGCGCUUUAUUCUUCUGUUCCAAUGACUGUGGUCUGUAAUCGACUCUUUGACGUGUUUUGUAAGUAGGUAACGAAACAAUAACAAGUGGGUGCGAGCUCGAAACACUUCCACCUGCAGGAAGUGACGAGCAUCGCUUUCUUCUAUUGUUGAGUAUUAUUUGUAUUUUACUUGGAUCAUGCUCAUAUGAGGUGGCUUUACUCGUAUUAUAUUAAAUAUGGAUUAUUUGACUUUAUAAUAUAUUAUUUUAUUUAAAUUGUAUCAUUGAUAAUGUUACUUCUAAAUACGAAUGAAGCAAUACGAUAAAGACUGCUCAAUUCGUUCCAAUUAAAAAGCGAUUUUAUAUUACAUUAUUGUUUCCACAAUUAUACUGUAAUAAUAUAUUAUAUUUCCAGAUAAGGAUUUAGAAGCGAAAGCAUUGAUUCCAAUAAUAUACAAUCUAUAGCUCCAUUAAUGUAAUGUUAAGUUAUGUAGGUAAGAUUGUUGAUAUUAUUUUUAAUUAUUUUUGAUAAUAUCGUGAGACAGGUUUUCGUGUACAGAAAUAUGUCAAUCGUAGAAGACUCAGGCGGCGUUGUAAGAGCGGCUCGGGUCCUAUUGUAGGUACUUAGAUCAAAUAAAUUAAUUAUGUAAUCCUUACAAGCAUAUAAAUACUUAGGUAGGUACUUAAGUUUGUUCGUAUGUUUUGUGAGCAACUUACAGCGCUCUAUAGGACAAUCCCUAUGUUUUUGACCGAAGUAAAGAGCCUGUGCAAGUGUGCAUGGAACCAUAGGUUCCCAUUUGUUGCUGAACUUUAAUAUACAUCCCAAGUGCCUAAAAGGCCAAUAAACAACACAUAUCAAUACAAGAAUGGUCACAAUUUGAAACGAAAUUUAAAAAAUGUUAAUAAAUGUUACGUAUGUAUUAUCUAAAAGUCAAUGCAAUAAGUAGUAGGUACUUGUUAGGCAUGUGAUAUUUAAAUGUUGAAAUGUAUUGUGACAUUUGUGACCACUUACGAUUUAGACGUCAAUUGGCGAAAUUGAUCGAAGUUUGUAAGAUUUAUAUAAAUUGUCUUCUUGGCCUACACAGCUUUAUAUAAUUUAAUUUAUAAUAAAAUUAUAUUAUAUAGUACGACGAGGUGUGUACCGAUUGCUAGGGUAACUAAACCACGUGAUAAUUACAGUAAAAUGUAUAAAUAUAAGCAUAUUAUUAUUUUAAUGUAAAUUUAAAUUAGAAAUAGACUAUAAUAUAAAUAAAAUUGCUCUAUUUUUGAGAUAACCAUAAUUAUUUGUUUGAUUAAAUAUUAUGUUAUAUUAUUAACGAUGUGAAUGAGUUUGUGAUGAAAAUAAACAUAGAAAUUGUUUGGU